AUGCAAACCCCAUCAGGAUUAAGCCUGGAUGGGAGUAAAGCAUCUCCGAAAGCAGAAGUACAUUCAGACAAAGAGGAGGACUACGAUUAUGACUGCCCCAUCUGUCAGGAGGUUUUAAAAAUGCCCAUCCGUACCAAGAACUGCCAGCAUGUUUUCUGUCAGAGCUGUUUUCAGAUGGCGGUGAGGAUUCAGGGUCCACAGUGCCCGAUGUGCCGGAGCCCCGUGUCUGAGAAAGUCCACAGAGCCACAGACAUCCAGAAAAGGAUGAGACAGACACAGGGCAAAUGCAGAGCGUGUGGUAAAGAGAAACUUCUCAGCAAUAUGAGGCUCCACUACAGAAUCUGCAAGAUGUACAUCAAGGAAUUUGGACCUAUCAGGGAAGCUACAGUACCGCUUCCUGAUCAAACUCUGAACUUACCAGAAAGCAGUGUAUUUAUCCACAACACCCCUGUUCCUACACCAUCGAACAGGUUCCUGAACACUUUCAAACUCCAUCACCAUAAGAGGAAGAAGAGGAGGAAGAAGAAGUAG